AUGGACUUUGUGACUGGCUUGCCUCGGACAUCGAGGAAGUUUGAUUCUAUAUGGGUCGUGGUGGAUCGUUUGACCAAGUCCGCUCACUUCAUCCCAGUCUGCACCAGCUAUUCUUCAGAGCGGUUGGCAUCGAUCUUUAUUCGGGAGAUUGUCCGGUUGCAUGGUGUUCCGGUUUCUAUUAUAUCGGACAGGGGUACGCAGUUCACUUCCCAGUUUUGGAGAGCUUUUCAUCAGGGUAUGGGUACUCAGGACGCGUUGGAAAGGGUGAAGGUAAUUCAGGAGCGACUUCGUACAGCUCAGUCGCGUCAGAAAAGCUAUGCUGAUCGGCGAGUUCGAGAGUUAUCCUUCAUGGUUGGUGAGAAGGUUCUGCUGAAGGUCUCGCCUAUGAAAGGGGUGAUGAGGUUGUCUGGAGUUCACCCGGUAUUCCACGUGUCUAUGCUCCGGAAGUACGUGGAGGACCCGUCCCAUGUAUUAGACUUCGGCUCGAUCCAGCUAGAUAAUGAUUUGACCUAUGAUGUGAAGCCAGUUGCUAUUUUGGGUCGGCAG